UCUAGCCUUUGGCGGAUCAACAGGAGAUUGCGCGAAAAUUAGGGAAUUCAGAAAGUUUUCUUAUUUUCCCUCGAUUGUUUGUAACAAUUCAAGAGCAUUGAUGUUUCUUUUCCUUUAAUGAAUAAAUACAAGCUAGAAGCAAUUUACUGAUUUCGUAUUCAUUUAAAGAAUUUUGAGAUAAUUUGUAUUCCAUACAAACUGCCGAGAGCUUAUCUAAUUGACCAAACAAGUCAAAAACACAUUUUUUACUCAAUAGUUAGCCAAGAUGAAUUCCACUCAAAACCCUGUUUAUCACACUUCCGUUGAGCAAAAGCGGCAUGCCCAAGAUGUGGCCAAAAGGCAGCGAAUGGGCAUGCAAAUGCCAAAGCUACGCGAAAUUCUGCGCGAGAAGUACCGCAAGCGCAUAAUAGAAACCAGGAAUAAGUGCACGGACGCCAAUCGCGAAAUACAAUUGUCAGAACUCAGGGAUAUCCUUCGUCUGGAACUCAGUGAGUUUGAAGCGGAUCUUGAGCUGGAACAGCUCAUCCUGGACGAGCUACUCUCGGAUGUGAAUGAGUGGUAUGCCCUGGGUGAAAAGAACGUGGAAACCUUGUACGUGGAACCUGAUCAGAAGCAGAAGGACGUUCUGUGUCCAGUUUGUCAGAUAAAAAGCCUGCAACGCCUCAAAGGUGCCUUUACUUGCGAGUGUGGCAUCCAGUUUGAACACUCGGCAAAUGGGGAACAAUUACAGGAACUGCUGCAACAGCAAAUCGCUAGCCAUGAGCUCCAGUGCACUCAGGCCCUGCGAUUCUUUAUCGAACCUUCUUCGGGACACCUUUACAACAUGUGCGGCAGCUGCGACUACUUCUCCUCCGUUUAGGUAAUCUUAAGUUGUUGUUUCGAUCGCUGGCUACGUCUAGUAUAGUAUACGAAUUUCUCAUCUUAAUUAAUUGUUAGCUAAGUUAAACAUAAUUCGAUUUUUUGUAUUCUACUAAAACAUCUGUCCUUAUUAUAACCAGUGAUCCACUUAGAUCUAUUUUCAUUCAAUACUAAAAAAAAAUCUUAAUAUAUUAGAAAAUCUUAAAAACAUUCUAAAAAAAAGUGCCAUA